AUGGUGGCCCUGGUGGCCUCCGCUGCCACCGUACACGGACGAGUGGAUAACGUCCCGGAGGAUAUCGUCGAGUAUCAUCAGCAGCGCAACAUUGUUGUUGCCAACGAUGCCAAUUACCCGUCACGAAUCUCGCUCGAGGUGUUUGAAAUCGGCAAGCCCGAGCCGUCGCUAGUGCCAGUGUUUGGCGAUUAUUCGUUCACUAUCGAAGACUUGAAACCUGGGAACUACUCAAUGCUCAUCAACUCCUACGACUUUGCUUUGAAUCAGGCGCGGUUGCGGAUUGACGUCGACGAAGACGACUCGGUGGAGGUGUACCCUGAUGAUUACGUGUUGGGCACAAACAUCACUGCUGCAGUGGCAGGGACAUCUGAGGAUCCCGUCGUGUUAUCCGUGAUAUCGGUGAAGAACUUCUACGAGACUCCUAAGGGGUCAUUGAUGGGCCUCAUCAUGAACAGUCCGUUGGGUCCGGUUUUCAAGAACAAAUGGUUGCUGGGCAUCUUUAUCGCUUCGCUUUCGAUGCUUUUGGCACCUAAGCUCUUGGAGAUCUUUGCUCCCGAGGUCGCCAAAUCGAUUAAAGAGGCUCAGGAGGAAGUGAACCGGGAACGCCAACAGGAACGAGAGGCGAAACUCGCCCGCAAGGCUCAACAAGCGAAGAAAUAG